AUGGACGACAAGAAGAACGCCUACUUCGCCGACCAGGCCAUCCAAGCCUACCUCAAGACACCACAAUUCGCCGCCGACGUCGAAAAGCUGAAGAGCGAGGCUCAAGGCCAGCAGCUCGACUUCGAAACCAAGGAACGUCGCACCUAUCACAAGCUCCGCGAGCUGCUCGGACCGGAGGCAGCCCGUCUGCACCUCAACCACUUUCGGGAGAUGGCAUGGAGCCAGCCAAAUGAGUCGAAAGUUCUCCUCAAGCAGUCCACGAUCGACAAGAUCUACGAACUCGAUCGUUCAUUCAAAGUGCACGGUAUUGAGGUCGCUCCGUGUGCUCUGUUCGACAACAUCCUGGACGAGUGGCGGGAGCAGGGCGCUGCUCCUUUCGAUGCCGAGAACCUCAAGAAGACAAAUAUGGUCGUUCUCGUCGGAGAGAUGGAGGAGCCAAGCGAGCACUGGUCGGAGUGCUUGGCGCGGGCGUCAUAUCUCUCGCACACCCAACAACGCCUUCUCUGGGUGCAAUUGGCGUCUACGCUGAAGAAUGCCAAUCUCGCGCUGCAGAGCGAGCUGAUACCCCUGCAGUGGCAGGGCGUUUCUGAAGAAGAUCAGCGCGAGGCGCUUGAGGCUAUCAAUGCCGCCCACUUUGAGGGUAUGGAUUGA